AUGCGGGGAUUACUGCGAUCGUUGAUCCUUAUCAGCAUGACGAUCGUGUUUGGAUGGUUCGCCACAAAUUUCAUACGUUUUGGUGCUGAAUUUCUGCAUUACAAAACGGGACCACGUAUUGGCUUAGAUCUUUUUGCUGGCAUCUUUGUGCACAUCUCACUUGCCGUCAAUUUCUUCAUUUAUUACUUUGUUAGCACAGACUACCGCGAAGUUUUCGACAAACGUCUUCGUUUAAAAAUUUUGAAGCAAAGACUGGGCAUUGCAACUGCUUCCCGGAGCACACAGGUACGUUUAGUUUUAUUUUUUGAAAGAUAAAG